CGUCCGUCUGGCGCUGGGGCGGAGCGGCGGCCAUGGCCGCUCUGCGCACCCUCUUGCGUUGGCGUCGCCGUUUGGGCCCCGCGCCCGGUGCGCAGCCGACGCGGAGGCUGUGGGCCGGUUGCGGGACCGGGGCGGCGGGGCUGAGGCGCUGGCGGCGGGAGCUAGGCUGGGCGGCGGGGGGAGCUCUGGUCGGCUACAUGGGGUACCGGCUGUCCGACCGGCGGCGGGAGCCCUCCCGGGAGCCGGCAGCCACCGAGCUGAGCAGGGCACGGGCGCUGCUCCCCAUCCCCGUGGCGGCCGCUGCCAAGGAGACGGUUACAGAAGAGAGAUCAGACCUUGAAGAUUUACACCUUUAUGCAACUCCUCGGGAGCAACGGUUUCGUACGUUUGCCAGUUUAGAAUUUGAAGGACAGCUGUAUAUGACUCCAUAUGACUUCAUUCAGGCAGUCACAAGUGAUGAACCCAAACGUGCUAAAAAGCGGCGAUCCCUUUCAAAGCAGGAACUGAAUCAGAUCCUUAUGGAAACACCACCAGUUUGGAAAGGAUCAUCCAAACUUUUCCGUAAUCUUAAUGACAAAGGUGUGAUAUCUUACACAGAAUAUUUAUUCCUCUUAUGUAUUUUAACAAAGCCACAUGCAGGUUUUAGAAUUGCUUUCAACAUGUUUGAUACUGAUGGCAAUGAGAUGGUCGACAAAAAGGAGUUCUUAGUGCUACAAGAGAUUUUUAGGAAAAAAAAUGAGAAGAGAGAAAGAAAAGGAGAUGAAGAAAAACGUGCAAUGCUGCAUCUUCAACUUUAUGGAUAUCACCCCUCUACUAGCAGUGUUCUUAAAACUGAAGGAGAUGACCUUGUCCCCAGAAGCUAUUGGGAUACUUUGAGACGUAGCACAAGCCAAGCACUCUUUUCGGACCUUGCAGAGCGUGCUGAUGAUUUUGCAAGUUCACUGUCAGAUACAACACUGCUUGUACACUUUUUUGGCAAGAAAGGAAAGGCUGAACUGAACUUCGAAGAUUUUUAUAGGUUUAUGGAUAACCUACAAACUGAGGUUCUAGAGAUAGAAUUCCUUUCCUACUCUAACGGGAUGAGUACCAUCAGUGAGGAAGACUUUGCCCAUGUUCUUUUGAGGUAUACAAAUGUGGAAAAUACAUCAAGUUACCUGGAAAAUUUGCGCACGAUUCCUGAAGAAAAGGGUAUCACAUUUGAUGAGUUUAGAUCAUUUUUCCAAUUCUUGAACAAUCUAGAAGACUUUGCAAUUGCAAUGCAAAUGUAUAAUUUUGCAAGUCGUUCCAUAGGUCAAGAUGAGUUCAAACGUGCUGUGUACGUAGCCACAGGUCUGAAGCUUUCACCACAUUUGGUAAACACAGUGUUCAAGAUUUUUGAUGUUGACAGAGAUGACCAGUUGAGUUACAAAGAAUUUCUUGGCAUUAUGAAAGACAGACUCAAUCGAGGGUUUAGGGGCUACAAACCCAUACAGAGAUACACUACAUUCAAAUCCUGCGUGAGGAAGGAGCUCUAUAGCAGAUAAGUGACGGAGACUCCAAAGUAUGGUUUGAAGGAAUAUUACUCUUGUGUGAUGACUGUAACCAGUGAACACCUAAGAGAUCUGUGGAAGCAAUUUCGGAGGCAAGAUAUGCUGAGAUAAAUGCAGACAGAAGGAUUAUCUGACUAGAACUGACUAGAACUAUUUCUUCCUGUGAAUUUUAAUGAAGAACAAACUAACCCAGGUGUCACGCUUUAGCAGUGGCCCAGCAAUUGAACUGAAUAACAGAUGCUCUCUGUUACCCCCCUCCCCUCCCUGAUAAAGAAAGGAGAGAGAAUAAGGGAGAGAGCAUUUUGGAGAAUCUUCAUCUGCAGUAGGAAACACAGGACUUCUUUUCCACUUCAUGUAGUGAUCAGUUCUUAAAACAGCUUUUAAGUAUGGUUUUAUUUAAACAACAAACUGUCACCUGAUUGGCAGAAGUCUUUUUUAAGAAAUGCAUUUUUAAUAUUACUUUUUUUUUAUUUUGAGAUAUGUUUGUGCAUUUAAAAGAAAACAAAAAUAAGUUUUACACCUGGGUAGGUAAAUGUUAUGGCAAUUAAAAGAAACUGUCCCACAUCAGCUUAAACUGUGAAUUUGCUUUCAGAAGAACGCUGUUGAAAGUUGGUGCUAAACUGGGAAUGAGAAUACACUAAGUAGCAUAACAAAUAUAGAUGAGUUGAAUGUAUAGAUUAAACUCUUAGAGGCUAACAAAGUUGUUACCUUAAAAAGAGUAAAGCUUUUGUGGUUAUAAUGUGAAUGAUAGGUAUUUACCAGGAAAGGUACUGUAUGGUCUAUUAUACUGUAUGGUAUAAUGUCCAGAUUUUCCAAGUCUUACCAUUAUCUUUAUUAAUUUAUCCUUUAAAAAAAUAGUUCAGAUUUUAAGAUGUCUUAAAAGCAGUAUGUUGGGAAAAAAAAAAGUAAAAAUAUUCUAAUUCAUGUUUAUUAACACAAUUUUAAUAUUUAUUAUAAAAUUUAUUGAUAUAGCUGUAAAUUCACUGUUAUAUCUCUAGUAGAGUAAAAUUUCAUGUUUUUCUUGUGAAUAGUGCACUUUUAUAUGAAAUAAGAUGUGGCUCCAAGUAGAAAUUAUAGUUGUUUAAUUUGCUACUCUGGAAUGCAGUCUCUGAGAAAUACAUAAAUAACUUGUGUUUGUGCCAAACAAAAAGGCAAAGCAGAGCAUGAAUGCAUGCAGCACUACAGAGCAACACUCACUAAAUAAUAUUAUGUUAAUAUUACACAUCAACUAUUAGACAUAAAUUAGACCUUACAAAGGUUAUGGAGACUACAGGCCAUCAGUACCUGCUAUGCCCUUUCAAGCUGUAGAUUUAGGUGUUACUGAAGCAGUGAUAAGGACAUUGUUAUGUUUGGUUCUCCUCAAAUUUUUUUCUUUGCUACUCAGCAACAGUGGUUUUUCCAUACUCCCUUUCAAGGUGAUUAUUAGGCACUGUGAAUUAAACCUAAACAAAACGGAGCACGGUGUCUCCAUGCUUGGACAUUAAAUAAGUUUGUAUUGAUUUAGGAACAAACUGCCCUGAAAGAUUUGGAGCUGAAUACACACACACUAAAACUAGUAUCAAUAUAUUGUUAACAGAAAUCAAAUGUUUGGUGAAGUCCGAAAAUUAAAAUAGAACCAAAACAAUCACUUUUAAUCUUUUAUUACUCCAAAUACCUGUAAACACACUUCUUAAAAUUGCAUUUAGUGCACGUGUUGCUCAAAUACUGUUUUACAUUACAUAUUAAAAGAUGUACAGCAUUCCUGUAAGUACACCUAAAUUUAGAAAUAUUUAAUUUCUAAUAAGAUAUACCUCUUCUAAAAAAUCAAAACAAAAUGAAAAGGAAGUUGUUUUUUAAGAAAUUCUACUCUGGGAAUCUUGGGGGAAAGAAUGUGCUAGGUGUGGCUUAACAGUUCAGAAAACAUUUGAAGGAUGCUACUUUAGUAAACAUUUCAUGAUGAAUACUUACCAGAUUUCCACCUUGGCAUCCUUAAACUAACAAGAAAAUCCAAUCAAUUGGGACAAAGACACAGCAGAACAUGGGUAAGCUUAAGUGCCUGUGUGAUCAUUUAGGGCAUUAAUUGUAUCCAAUGUAUCAUCUUGGUACACAGAACUGUCUCACUGCUUCUUGUCAGCAUAAGCAAAACCCAAUUUACUACUUCAGUGAUGAAGGACAGAAAAUGGGAAGAAAGGAUAGGGAGUUACUGAAGGGGUUCCCCUCCUUCCUCUUCAUUCACCACUGCCCAUUCACAGUGACCCUCUCCUUGGAGAGAGCAGCAGCUCCAUCAUCAUUUUGCUCCUCCACUGCCCUAGGCAAUAGUGCACUUUGCUUUUAUGGCUGGCUUGAGACAACUUUAUCAUUUUUCUAUGUAUUUCCUAACUAUAGUCACUUAUUAUAAAAUAGAAUGUGAAAGUGUCAGAUUAGGUUUUAAGAGUAUUUUUCUCAUAUUUAAUAGUAAGUUAUUUAAUAUAAAUGUGAAUAUAUGCAUAUAAUCCUGUUUAUCUCAAAAUAAAUGCACUUGAAACUUUC